AUGUACACUGUUGAGUUCACACGGCUUCGCUUGGGGAUUUCCGUAUACAAAAAUUUAAUUUUCCAGUUUUUUUUUCGGAACAAACAGUUGAAAUUUUCUUUUAAAUUCAGGACAAGCGUUCUGUUGCUGUCGCCGAGUGUGGUUCGGUGGAAGGCGCGCACAAGAAUUGUGCGUCUCGAGUUCAGUCGUUGUUACAACUAGAGUGCGACCGAACUCGCUGCGCUAAUUAUUGAUCAAGAAAAUAAUACACGUUAUACACCAAUCCGUUUUCCAACUUGAUUUAUUACAACAAUGCCACGAACACGCAGGGGGGCUAAUUUGAGUCGUCAAACUAACAGAUCUAGAGGCAUGCAAGAUAGAAGAGCAAUAAGAUCAGAUGCAGAAAGGCAACAAAGUAAUGCAGAUGUCCGUGUAAGAAUGGCGCAGUUACGUGCAUCACAAUUACAAGAGGUACGAGAUGAGCAAAACCAACAAAGACAAUUGGAACGAAGCGAAUCGCGCAGAUUCGUAGCCAACAGACGUAGAGGGAUUUCAUUUCUUCGACUAGCAUUUCAGUAUGAGCAUUAUGUUGAAUAUUACGCUCAUUCCAAAGUGGUAAUUGGUACAUUGGACAAGGAAUGCCCGCACUGUCAAGCCCUUAAAUUUAAAAAUGAGCCAAUUGGGAUGUGUUGCUCAUCAGGAAAAGUGAAACUUCCAGAAAUUGAAACACCGCCGGAACCAUUGCACGGCCUCCUUAUUGGUACUGAUCCAAAUUCUUCGCUGUUCUUGCGUUCAAUUCGGCAAUUCAAUUCAUGUUUUCAAAUGACAUCGUUCGGAGCAACGGAAAUAGUUAAAAAUACUGCUGCAAAUGGUCAACAAUUUAAUUCCACAUUCAAAAUCAAAGGCCAAAUUUACCACAAAGUCGGCUCAUUACUACCAAUGCAAAACGAACCUUAUAAAUUUUUACAAAUUUACUUUAUGGGUGGCGAGGACUCUGAACGGGCACUCGCCAAUCGCGUGAAUACACGUUGCAACUAUAAUCACCUCAAUUCACCAUUUGCAACGCGCAUUGUCAGCGAGCUGGACGCUCUGUUAAAUGAGCACAACGAAUUGUUGAAAUUAUUCAAAUCACAUAUGCAUAAGCUACAAAGUGACAAUCACGCUAUUUUCAUCAAUCCUGAUAGAACACCAGCUGGAGGGCAUAUACGUCGAUUCAACGCACCUGUUGUUGACGACGUGGCUGGAAUCAUGGUUGGCGACCAUACAGCUACGCGACAAAUCGUGAUUCGAAGAAGAAAUAAUUCUCUUCAGUCCAUUCCUGAUACCCAUCGUUUAUAUGAUGCUCUCCAAUAUCCACUCAUUUUUUGGAAGGGACAAGACGGAUAUUGCAUAAACCUUAAGCAACGAGAUCCGGUAACAGCAAUAAAAUUACCAACCGCAAUUUUAAUUUUUCAAAAGCGGGCACAGCGAAGCGUGGCAGGGCAUGUGAACAUGCGCGUUCAAACGCUUCACGAUCCAUCCGCCGAAACUUUUUCGAAACAGCUAUUAGAUAUUGGCAAUGGGAAAGUUGCCGUACAUGAUAAUACUGAAUCAAUAAAAUUACCAACCGGUUUUUGCACAAUCGUCCACUCGCAAGAUGUUCUCAUCGACUGUAUAUUUCCCGAUGUACACACACAAUAUAUAAAUCUUGAGUGGCUGGCAGAAAGAGCCAUUUUAGCAGCGAAAAAUGUGGACGUUCAUGGAUUAAAUUUCAAGAUACAACAAUUGUUGCCAACAGACUCUGUGUCAUACAAAUCUGUUAAUACAGUUUGCAAUACUAUCGAAUCUGUAAAUUACCCAGUAGAAUUUUUGAAUUCCUUGGAUUUGCCAGGCAUGCCACCGCACCACUUACAAUUGAAAGUAGGAUCCCCGGUGAUUUUGCUCCGUAACUUGAACCCACCACGGCUGUGCAAUGGCACACGAUUGGUUAUUAAAAAAUUAAUGAAGAACGUGAUUGAGGCCACCAUUUUAAAUGGCAAGUUUCAAGCUAAAAGGUAACACGAAAUUCUUUGACUGUUAGGCGUUACGAAGUUCGCCGGGUUUGCUAGUU